AUGCAUCUCAAUUGGUGCCUAGCCUUCGCAUCAGUUGCCCUUGCUGGGGUCGCCGAUGCCUCCUCCAAUGGUCGCCCCUUCGUGAUGCCAAGGGCAGUCACGACGACCACCUCGUUUCUUUCGGUCAAGACCAGCUCGAAAAUUACCAGUUCUAGCAAUACUGGCAGCUCCAGUGCUGCCGUGACCGCUUCGUCCUCGCAAUUGAAGAGCUCGACAACAUCGACGGGCAACGCCACUGCUCGAGUAGCCACGUCGUCGACGACGACUUCCUCAUCGGUCACGAAGACGACAACCACGGCGGCCAUUGUGGCGGUCGCAGCGGCGCCUACGGCUACGCCAGUCUGGUAAGUCGGUUAUCAUCUUCCGGGGCUCAUCACUGUGCCAUUGUCUGACAGCGGACGGAGUUAAUCGUGCAGCGCCCAGAGCAAAUUCUACAACGUCGCUCUCAAGCAAUGCGCCAACUGCCAGACCGGUGCAAAAUCGUGCUCAAACGCGACCACGGCCACUGCUUGUCUCAGGAACUACUAUCUUUCUGGCAGCAGCUGUGUUGCGACUUGCCCGGAUGGAAGCUGGGGCGAUGCUUCGAGUGCGUCCCACUGGCCCUGUGCGUUUCUGGAUGAGUGCUUGCUCAAACUAACCCCCUGCUUCGUCUUCCCACGGACACGUACGGUCGCUGCCCACCCCCUGUUCUACCUUCUCAGGCUUUAAGUGUAUUGCUUGCACCGAUAACGACGCCGCUACAUGCAGCAAAGCAGUUCCCGGGGCAAUCACAUGUAAAACCAAGUACGCUUACAAAGGUACCUGCGUCGCGCCGUGUCCCGACCACUUUAGGAUGGAGCCUUCAAGUGAGUUACCGACAUGUUCACACCGCAUUGAGAUACCGUUCUUGCGCUCGGGCUGACAGCAAGUACUUCUUUGAAUCAGACCGCACGUGCAUGGCGUGCUCGGAUCCAGAUGCUGGCGACUGUACACCGCUCGCGGCAGUCAGGUGGUGCGUUGGCGGGGAUUGUGCGAGAAGGCUCACCCUGCCUCGAGCAGAAAUGCUGACCAAUACUGUGUCUACCUCCUAGUCUCACCAAAUUCUUGUCAAAUGGUAAAUGCGUCGACACAUGCCCCGAUGCCAAGACGUUCGCAGAUGCAAAGUGGCACACUUGCACGCCCUGCCCGGCCGAUUCCACGAGCUGCGACGCGAAGGGCCUCGCCCUCGGGUGCGCUACCAAAUUCCUGUCUCUCGGCGCGUGUGUCGACUCCUGCCCGACAAACUCGUACACCAACCUCGCGACAAAGACGUGCAAUGCUUGCGCAGAUGGCGUCCUCGGCUGCUCGGCCACGGGUGAUACCUCCUGGUUAGUGACUCGAGUCUAGCAUAUGCGAGCCUCAGGGUUCCGCUGAUGACCUGCUAACGGCCUGCAUGACAUUCCACAGCGGAACUACUGUGGCUGGAGUGAAACUAUUCCUCGAUUCGCUCAAGUCGAAAUGUGUCCCUAGCACGUCCUGCUCGACAAGAUUCUUUGGCAACUCCGCGACCGGUAAAUGCGAAAAGUGCGCAGUCGAUGGCGCGCUCACCUGUAUGCCUGCAACCGUUGCUUUGACAUGGUGAGUUGUGGUGUGUUCAAUAUCUUUCCGACCCCAAGUAACAGAACCCAGCUGACCCGCAAUUAUUUUGCUCGGUCGCAGCGGCACCAACUCGGCCAGCGUGCCGACUUUCCUCUCUUCUGGCUCAUGCGUUGCAUCGUGCCCUGCAGGGUUUUACGGCCGUAAGUCUGACCCAUCACCUUCCCUCCGCACGAGACGCGAGGUCUGAAACAACCGAUUCGUAUUCAUGUUUUGGACUCACAGAAUCCGGCAAAUGCCUCGCUUGUGGAGCAAACGCCCUCACCUGCGAUGCCACAGGAGCUGCUGUCAAUAUCUUGCUGUUUCAUCCCACUGGUAUUCCCGAUUAUGAUUAG